AUGGACACGUUGAACCUGAUCCAUUUCAUCAGCACAGUACAGUGCUCACUACUUCUCUAUCCAACAAGACACAAGACAAUCUCGGCGGGCGAUUUUGAGUCCCCACCCCUCAAUCUCCGGCCGGAACAACGUGCGUCUUUUCGCAAAACCAAAUCCAUUCUCCGCUUCACAAGUAAAUCUGCCCUUAUCGGUACCCUUUCCAGCCUCACAAAACACUUUUCCUCGGAAUCCGGCGCAAAAGGCAAGUCUUUGAUCUUCGCGGGGACGCACCGACUUGACUUUACCGUUUACUCGCGAUGGAAUCGAUCGCUUUUGUUGCCGCGGGGCCGCUUAUACAUCGCACGUCGUUUGUGA